CUGUUGAAGAGUGGAGCAAAUGUUAAUCUUACCACAGUUGGUCUUCUCUCAUCUCCUCUGGAGGUAGCUGCUGGAAAAGGCCACACAGAGAUUGUGGAGAAACUGAUAUCAGCUGGAGCUGUCAUCAACUACCAAAACAAGGAUGGAGUAACUCCACUCUUGAUAGCCAGUCAAGAAGGACACCUGGAGGUAGUUAGACUUCUGCUGAUGACUGGAGCUAAAGAUCUACCUUAUAAGGAUGGACGUACAGCCAUGAGUGUCGCAAGAGCCAAAGGUCAUCAGCAAAUAGUCCAACUUCUACAGCAGUACAAAGUUUAAACUACGUCUCUCGACUUCUAACACUGUAGCCUAGUUCUAUAGCUACUACAUAUAGGUCAUCAGCAACUUGUCUUUUACAGGAGUAAAAUAUUUAAAGGAAAGAACACUCUAAUUAACACUGUAGCUUAUCUCUUUACUAUACUAUACUACAUACCAGUCUUACUGAAUUGUCUAUUCCCUCCUUUUUACAGCUUUUAAAUACUGUGUUGUUGCUUAUUUUUGUAUGUCAGCGUAGUUAGUAUACAAACUGUACUCUAUGGUUUCGAUUUUGCUACACCAUGAUAUCAGUGAUUUGCAUGUUAGAUGCGCUUGCCACACAGGUAGAUGCUCAUACAACCACCAUGUAAAUUAACUAUUUACACGCAUGUUCAAGGAAUGUUACAGUGUGUGUGUGUGUUGGGUAUUGGAGGAUGGAUAGUCCUAGAGUUUGGGAGGCGUGUGCCAACCUCACCACAUAUGGCUGCCUAGUGGU